GCUCUAGCUAGUAUCAUACUAGAACAGCAUUCCAAGGUUCACCUUUUUUUCGCCAGCUAUUCCUAUAAUUUCCUAUUCAAAUGAAUAUCAUUGAUCUAAUCAACCCACUGCCCUUCAUUGCUACACUCGUUGUUCUCCAGGCCCGAGAAGCAGCAUCAGCUAUUCCUCCCGCUAACUCAGCCUGCUUGCCAUCGCACAACCUUUCUGUCGCUGAAUUCAUCAAUCUUCCAUUGUCACCCCCCUCCUCGGUCAUGGUUACGGUUCACGCUGAUCAAUGGUUUAGAAAAGAUCGACAACAUUUCUUACCUAGCGUCAUGGGCCAGUUGGUUGAAGCAGGGAGACUGUCGAGGAAGCGAAAACGGGUUCAAGCCACUCAGGAGGAAGAUAUAGAUCAAUAG